AUGGCGAAGGUGCAUCCCAACUCCACCGCUUCUUCUUCGGAGGCGCGGAGGAAGAAGGCAGAGGCCCCGCCGUCCUCCUCGCCGGAGUCCGGCGGAGAGGCCGCGGUGCUGACGGUAUGGAGGAAGUCGCUGCUCUUCAACUGCAGCGGCUUCACUGUUUUCGACGACAAGGGAAACCUCUUCUUCCGCGUCGACAACUACUCCUCGGGGAAGAGAGCAGAGGUCGUCCUCAUGGACGCCGCCGGCCGGCCGCUCCUCUCCAUCCGCAGAAAGGUAAUUCGGCUACCCCACUGUCUCCUCGCCAGAAACCUAGAAUCUUCAGCUUCGGAUCUGACGCUUGUUCGAUGAAAUGUCACGCAGAGAUUGAGCCUGAGCGAGCAGUGGUUAGUGUACGAGGGAGAGGACUCCACUGCGCCGCUGUUCUCCGUAAAGAAGCCCUUCGGAUUCCUCCAGCCGAGGGCUCUGGCCCGCGUGGCUCCGAUCGGCGGCCGGUUCUGCGGGUACGAAGUGGAAGGCUCCUUCUCACGGCGGAGCUGCGCGGUCUACGACGGGCGGCGACGCCGGGUGGCGGAGAUCACCAGGAAGGAGUCCGCCGGCGGUGUGGGAUUCGGCGGCGACGUCUUCCGCCUCGUCGUCCUCCCUGGCCUCGACUCCGCCGUUGCCAUGGCCAUCGUCAUCCUCCUGGAUCAGAUGUUCCCAAGCUGA